CCUCAACAGCACAGAGAUCCAAACAUGGCUCCUACAAUCACUGCAGCGAUCACCAACUCUCAGGACCUUCUCUCUCUCAACCACAAGAUCAGAAAACCUCUGGUGGAGAAGCUGCGCAGAGAGAGAAUCAACAGCAGCAUUGAGCAGCUCAAGUCUCUCCUGGGUCCAGACUUCCUCAAACAGCAGCCAGACUCCAAGCUGGAGAAAGCAGACAUCCUGGAGAUGACAGUUUGCUUCCUGACACAGCUGCAGCAGCAGAACCAGCAGCACAGGAAACUGAUCAACCACUUCAACAAGCUGCAGUCGUCCUCUGAUCUCAACCUGGGAGAGGCUGACUUCUCUCCUCUGAGCUCCACAGUCCAGACCAGCAGCACCGAAGACAAGAGUCCAGCCUGCAGCGCCCUCUGGAGGCCCUGGUAG